AUGCGGCCCCCGCUGCGCGCCGCGCCCGCGCUGGCGCUCUGCGCCCUGGCGCUGCUCCGCCUGGGCUGCGCGCCGCGCGCCCCGCUCCGCGCAACGCCGCGCGCCCCGCUGCGCGCGACACCCCGCGCCCUGCUGCGCGCCCCGCUGCGCGCCCCGCCGCGCUGCCCCCCGCUCAUGCUGCAGCUGCUGCGCGCCCCGCCGGCCCCGCUGCGCGCCGCCGCCGCCGCCGCGCUCAGCAUCGUCCCGCACGGUUCUCUCCAGAAUGGCUCUCGCUGGGCUUUCUCUUUCGACAUGAGCUCCAUCUCCAGCAGCCAGGAGGUGAAUCUGGCUGAGCUCCGAGUCCACCUGCCUGAUCUCUUGCAGUCCCAGAACGUCACACUGGACAUCUACCAUAGUCCAAAGCAGAAGUGCCUGGAGAACGGGACCUGCGGGCACAAGCUCUUCCUGGGCACUUUCACUGGCAGCCCCUCUUUCACCCAGGCCUCCUGGAAAGUGUUCAACAUCACCAGCAUGCUCAGGUCCUGGCUUCACCAAGAGGUGGCUUCUGGCCACAACAUUCCUGGGGGAAUGGAGAGUGCCGAGGCACAGGAUGGACGGGAGGUAGGUGGGUUGGCCGUCCCGGCCACUGCAGCAACGAGCAUGCUGAACUCAAGCGACUCCAGCCAUGGGGAGCUGGCCAUGCACCAAGACAUGGCAGAUAGAGUCCUGCUGCUUGUCUUCUCCAAGGACAAGUCUCCGGGAGAUUACACCCUCAUCAGAACAGUGGAGACCUCUAAGCACGUCAUGCGUGACAGCAGCACCAAGGACUUGGGAAACCGACGGCAUCGUAGGAAUAGGAAGGAAAAGCAAAGGAUUAAAGUGAGUGAUGCCCCUGUUCCUGGCCCAGGGGAGGAAGGCAAGUCCUUGUGCAAGAGAGUGGACAUGAUAGUGGAUUUUGAGCAGACUGGCUGGGGCAGCUGGAUUGUCUACCCAAAAAAAUAUAACGCCUACCGGUGUGAAGGGCAGUGUCCAUCGCCCGUGGAUGAGACCUUCAAACCCACCAACCAUGCUUACAUACAGAGCUUGCUGAAGCUCUACAAGCCCAACCACUUGCCCUGCCCUGUGUGCUCCCCAGUUAAGAUGAGCCCUCUCUCCAUGCUGUACUACGAGAAGGGUGAAAUCGUCAUCCGCCACCACGAAGACAUGAUCAUCGAAGAGUGCGGCUGCAACUGAAGCAAGCUCUUCUCAUGCUGGGAAUGGGAGAGAACGGGCACAG